AAGGAGGCGCUAGCUGGGCCCUGACCCUCCUCGCAACUCGUCUGCUCUGGCAGCUGUGGCGACGGAGCUCCGGACAGACCCUCUUGAGCCCCUCGCCGAGAGCCAGCUCGCGCAAGGACCAGUGUUCCACGCCCCCGCCACCCUCUUCGCCGCGGGGAAUUCUGCGCCGGCGGCCGGCAGGCAGGUGGGCGAGCGCGCCGGCUAGAUUCUAGCUACAUCGGAAACUGGUCAUUUUCUAAAACUAAAGGAGAAGACUAGGAAAGGGUGAUGAAUUCUUUUUGAGUUUUGAGUUAACAAAAUAAAAGGAAGAAUUUGAGUAGAUGAGCUGGAAGACUGGGAGAGCUGAGACAGGAAGAUUUUGAAGUCAUUCUCCAUCUGAAGCUAUGAUUUAAACGUCAGCAUUACGCCCUUCAAGAUGCCAAAGGGGAAGAAGGUGGCCCCAGCCCCGGCCAUGGUGAAGAUGCGGGAGGCCAAGAAGGUGGUCAUCCCCCUUUUCGAGGAGAGGCCCAAGAAUUUUGACAUUGGACAGGACAUCCAACCCAAGAGGGACGUCACCCGCUUUGUCAAAUGGCCCCGCUACAUCCGGCUGCAGCGGCAAAGGGCUGUUCCCUAUAAGCAGCUGAAAGCGCCUCCUGCAAUUAGCCAAUUCACCCAGGCCUUGGACCGACACACAGCUACUCAGCUGCUUAAGCUGCCCCACAAGUACAGACCAGAGAUAAAGCGAGAGAAGAAGCAGAGGCUGCUGGCCCGAGCUGAGAAGAAGGCUGCCGGCAAAGGUGAUGCCCCCACCAAGAGGCCACCUGUCCUUCGAGCAGGGGUCAACACUGUCACCACCCUGGUGGAGAACAAGAAGGCGCAGCUGGUGGUGAUCGCUCACGAUGUGGAUCCCAUCGAGCUCGUGGUCUUCCUGCCCGCCCUGUGCCGCAAGAUGGGGGUUCCCUACUGCAUCAUCAAGGGCAAGGCCCAGCUGGGGCGCCUGGUCCACAGGAAGACGUGCACCACCUUAGCCUUCACACAAGUCAACUUGGAGGACAAGAGCGCCCUGGCUAAGCUGGUGGAAGCCAUCAGGACCAAUUACAAUGACAGAUACAAUGAGAUCAGUCGUCACUGGGGAGGCAGUGUCCUGGGGCCGAAGUCAGUGGCUCGCAUCACCAAGCUAGAAAAGGCAAAGGCCAAAGAGCUGGCCACCAAGCUGGGCUGAGUGUACACUAUUGAGUUUUCUGUACAUAAAAGUAAUAAAAAAGAUU